GGCGCGAGCCAGAGCGCGGGGCGAGCCAGGGAGCAGGCGCGAGAAAAGCUCUGCCAGCAGCACGCAGCCCACAGCCUCUGGCCAGCCGGCCGGCCACCCAGUGCGCGUGCGCGGCUUCUGCAGCCAGCCGGGACCAGACCUGCGGACAGCGCAGCCGGCGAGUGAGCCUUGCGGGGCGCUAGGCGAGGUGGAGCCCGACACAGCCCGAGCCGCCAGCGACAUGGGGGACCGCGAACAGCUGCUGCAGCGGGCGCGGCUGGCCGAGCAGGCAGAGCGCUACGAUGACAUGGCCUCCGCCAUGAAGGCAGUGACAGAGCUGAAUGAACCCCUUUCCAGUGAAGAUCGCUAUCUCCUCUCCGUGGCCUACAAGCAUGUGGUUGUGGCCAGGCGGUCUUCCUGGAGGGUCAUCAGCAGCAUCGAGCAGAAAGCCAUGGCCGAUGGAAACGAAAAGAAAUUGGAGAACGUCAAAGCUUACCGGGAGAAGAUUGAGAAAGAGCUGGAGACAGUUUGCAACGAUGUCCUGGCUCUGCUCGACAAGUUCCUCAUCAAGAACUGCGGCGAUUUCCAGUAUGAGAGCAAGGUGUUUUACCUGAAGAUGAAAGGUGAUUACUACCGCUACCUGGCAGCGGUGGCUACUGGGGAGAAGAGAAACAUCGUGAUUGAAGCCUCGGAGGCGGCCUACAAGGAAGCCUUUGAGAUCAGCAGAGAGCACAUGCAGCCCACGCACCCGACCCGCCUGUGCCUGGCCCUCAACUUCUCUGUCUUCUACUACGAGAUCCACAGGGCCCCCGAGCAAGCCUGCCUGCUAGCCAAACGGGCCUUUGACGACGCCAUAGCCGAGCUGGACACACUGAAGGAGGAUUCCUAUAAGGACUCCACGCUCAUCCUGCAGUUGCUGCGAGACAACCUCACCGUCUGGACCCGGGACCAGCAGGAUGAAGACGCACCAGAAGGCAACUGAAGAGCCUUCGGGGCCCUGGCCCUUCGUCGUCCCCCCCCCCCCCCGCCGCCCCCAUCAUCACCGGUUCUUCCCUGCCAUGCUCACUGAACAUCUAAACCCGCCGUCGGUCUUGGCAGCACCCCUGCUCAGAGCUGCUGUCCUGUCCCCGGGGAGGCACUUUCAGGUCAGCCUCCCUGGGCCUCGCUGGACUGACGGUGGCUCUGAGCCCGCAAGAUCGCCCUUCUGGGGCUGUGCAGAAAAGGGUAUUGCCCAUGAGGCAAUGGCUAUGCCUGUUGAUCUGUGGCAAGUCCAGGUGAAUGUAACUGGGGCUGUGGAGAGGAGAGGUAGCCGGCCACGGGCUAGGGUUGGUAUGGGAAACAAGCUGAUAAGUGUUUUUGUCCAGCAGUACAUCUGGUGCAUGCAAAAGUGAACGCGACCCUCCCACCUGUUUGUUCAGCUCAUGGGAGGCUUAGGGGGAGCUGAGGCAGGGAGGCAACUUGCUCCCUUCCAUCAGCUUUCCAAUGCAGUGUUUAAUGUGAGGUUUCAGUAGCACCUUGUUUUGCCUCUCUGAUCUAGGACGCGCGCAAACCUUCUUCACAAUGUAAUGCAUCUGCGGUUUUGAUGUGUGUAGCUUGUUUGGUUUGGGUUGCGAUUGUUUAGGGCUCAUGGAAUUUAUUGGUUUCUCUGUAACUCCCUGGCCAUUGUCCUCGUGUAUCCUGACAGUGCCAUGUGCGUCAGCCCCUGUCAGUCGAGAGGGGUGAUUAUGAGUGUCAGACUCCUAAAAUAAAUGUUUUGGAAUCCAAAGGGUAAAUAAAUGCUGCCUUGGGGGAUAUGAAAAAGUCAAACAAGAAACUGGCAAAUGUAUAGCAUGUAACAGGCCUUGGGUUCAAUCCCCAGCCCUAUCAAAUAAAUACAUAAAUACCUGAAUUAUGUGAUGGGGGAGAUUCCAAACUGUACAUGAAAAAAGUUAAUUUGUUUCCGGAAAUUGCCAUUUAAUCUGAAAGUCCGUGACCAUUUUCCAAGGUGCUGUGAAUCUGUGUAUGACUUUGUGCUAUGGCUAUCUUCUGGGGACAUUUCCAUGUGUUACUCCGCCUAUGAGAUAUAGUCAGAUGUAGAAUGAAUAAAUGUGACUUUAUUUCAGCACCGUUCCGCUUCACAUUCAAUCAAGGAAGCUGUUGCUUUUUCUGUCCUGUUAACCACUUUGUUCUUUGGUAACAUCAUUUUACUAACAUGGCUUUUAUUGAUAAGCAUAAGUAUUGUAUGAGGUGUGUAGUAACAUUAAAGCUUCUCUUGAAUAAAGGAAUUUUAUGUAUGA